AUGCUUGAUCUUGAUACCGACACUGAUGAACCAUUAAAUAACAUGGAUCCACUUACAACAUUGACAUUGGAGCUACCAAAAUUCGUAAUUGAUCCGAAGAAAAUCGAGAUUUUAGAUUCGAUCGGCGAAGGAGGAUUUGCUUCUGUCUACAAAGGCAUUGAUAGGCGAAACGGCAAUUUUGUUGCUAUAAAACAAGUCUUUGAAUCUCGUGUUUAUGUAGAUAACUUUCGAAGAUUUUCAAAUGAAAUCCGAACAAUGGCCCGCUGCCAUUGCUGCUGCCUAACAAAACUCAUUGGAUUUACCACCACAAAACCGUACUCAAUUAUUACCGAAUUUGAAGAAAAUUUAUCCCUUGAUUCACAGUUGACAAAUAAAAAGAAAGCUGAUAUAUUCACAGGCACUAGAUUAUCCAAAAUAGCAAUGGGUAUCGCUUUCGGUAUGCAACAUGUCCACAUGCUCGGUAUUUUGCACCGAGACUUGAAAUUAAGUAAUAUCCUACUUGAUAGGGACUACAAUCCUAAGCUAUGCGACUUUGGAAUUGCUCGAUUUUACAAAGAUGAUAUGGAAUUAACAAGAAAAAUCGGCACGCCAAUUUAUAUUGCCCCAAAAGUCUUCACAGACAAUCAUUAUACAAAAAAGGCCGAUGUUUACUCCUAUGCCAUACUUCUUUACGAGCUUUCGGAGAAAACACGCCCAUUCAAAAAGCCUGAAGGUUUAUCUGUGGCAGAAAUCAUCCAAAAGGUCGUUCAGGCAGGUCAGAGACCUCAAUUUACUGAUGUUACGCCAAUUCCAUUAAGAAAACUCAUAGAAUCUUGCUGGGAUGCGGAUCCAACAAAAAGACCAGAGUUUUCUUACAUUUACGAACAAUUUAAGUCAGGAAAAGUGGCAUUUCCUAAUACAAAAUCAAAAGAUAUCAAGGCUUACGCGGAAUAUCUUGAAAAUGACGCCAAAGAGAACCAACAAUUGAUUGAAGAAGAGCUAGAAAAGGCCAUACCGGAAGAAAUUGUUGACAGAGAGAUGGAAAAGAAGAGACAUAAAGAAAUGAAACAAAAUUCUCCAAAAUCAGAAGAAACAAAGCACAUUUCUCGUCGUAAAGGCAAUGGAGAGAUACAUGGAGCAUUGAUUGUCCCACAAUCUCCACCUUCUCCCUCUCAAAAGGCGAUUAAUUCACCAGAUUCUCGCAGUAGACAUUUCAUGGCCGGAAAUGUAAACGAUAACCCAUUUCUCAAUGACGUAAAUAUGCCAAUUAUGUCAAAAAUGGCCGCAAAACAAUUUAGGCCUUCAUCAAUCUCUCCAGCCCCUCAGAGUCCAAGAAUCGUACCGCCUACAAGCAAAAGACCAUCUGCACCAACACCAGAAGGCUUUGGUUCUUCAAUGGUCGAACAAUCUACUGAAAAUGAUGGAAUUCAAUCAACACAAAACCCUCCACGCUCUGGAAUGAGGAGAUCAACAUCCAACAUGAAAUUCGAAUCAGAUGAAGAUAUUUUGAGAGAAUUAUCUGAUGAAAAAUCUCAUUAUUUCAGAAAAGCUCUAAAUGAAGCGGUUGGAAUUACAGAUAUUGAAUUAUUUGAGAAGUUUGCGGUUGUUUUGGUCGCUCACGUUGCAAAACCAAUAAGUUCUACCAAAUUAAAGCUGAUUCUCCAAGAAAUCAGUGAUUUAAUGUCAAAAAGUGAUGAAUAUGUCCAACUAUUCAACAAACUAGGCCUAUACCAAGUACUUCCAUCGAAAUCCGACAGUUGUCUUCAAUAUAAUUUAAAUAUUAUCAAGGAAGUGUUCUCAAAUCAUCCUGAUUACCUCACAAAUGCACAUGUACAGGUACUUGGCAACCUACUCGAGAAAUCUCCUGAGAAAAUGUUGAAACUUUUUUCAUUUUAUGGGAAAAACUUUUCAAAAUUCAGUAAUCCAUGGGUAAUAUUAGAUAUAUUACUUACUAAGCAGCAGUAUGUCGUAAAUACAGAAUACGGAGCCGAUUUAGUUCGAAUUUUAUUUUAUUUGAUGCAAAACUAUCAACAAUACUCUGCCCAAAGAGGUUCCCACUCAAGAGCGACAUUCAUUAGUUGCUUAGAUUCAUCAAACAUCAAGACUUCUCAAGCUGCUUACAAAGCAUUGAUGAAUAUCGACCAAGACUUGAGUUAUAUCAACUUUUCGAUCAUCAUAAAGCAUUUGUACAACGAGGAUCUAUGGGAAUACGCCAUUUCUUUGAUGUUGAGGUCGAAUUUACUCCCCGCAAGUUACGAAUUGAUCAAAAUGCUGAUAGAAAAGGCCAAAACAUGCUCCUACGCAUGGAUUCUUCUGCUUAGAAUAGCAAGUAACCAUCAAGGAGCUGCAAUUUUCGCAAAUGAUAUCCAAAUUUGGCAAAAUUUGGCGAAAGAGAGUCCAAUGAACGCUUUUAAGCUUUUUGUUUUGGUAUUCACCAAUACAAACCUAAGAACAAAGAUCAGUUCUUCAUCAGAAUUCUCAAAUAUGAUGAAAUAUUUUACUGAUAGCGAUAACAACCAAAUUGUGUAUGCAAUACCAUCUAUAAUAACAAGAUCACAGAUAGACAUCGUUACUUUGAAGCGUUUGCAAGAAGUUGGCUUCAUUUCAAAAUUAAUCAAAUUUGCAAUCGCAAGACCAACUGAUGUUGACGCAAAUAAUACAUGUAUCAUGAUCUUGGACACAUUGGCCAGAGUUGGAUAUUGCAAAGAAUACAUUGACUAUUUUAAGUCAUUAGUUCAGUUACUUAAGGAACCAAAGCUUUACAACAGAGUUCUGACUGUGAUGGUGACUCUUUCUUUCCACUCUGAAUGCGCAAAGGCUUUGAUUUCCCUUGGAUUAGUUCCUUAUUUCACUUCUUUGAAAGAAUACGAGAAAUACCAAGCUUUGGCAAUUUCUUUCCUUAAAAAUGCCAGCCAAUACACUUAA